AUCACUUCUAUGCCCGCGACCCAACGUGUCGCUAAGACAAUUCUGCGUGGGAAAUAUGAGUCGAUAAUCAAGGGGGCAGAGGAAGGUAGUAAGCGGGUGUGGGGGUAUCUUGUUGCUACGGAUUUGCGUGGAGAGGGCCAACAUGCCCUAAAGUGGACAAUCAGGGCAGUUCUCAGAGAUGGUGAUACUCUGAUAGCUAUAUAUGCCAUCGGUCAGGAUACGGUGGGAAAUUGCUGUAAGAUUGUUCCAGAUGACAGGAUAGUGCGAGGAUUGAGUAGCCAGACUGCCGCUGUGGGGACCAGCCUUGCGGCUAUGAACAGGCAUCAUACACCAGCAACAGUGUCUCCGUUAUCCAAUAUUGGGGAUAUUUCGGAGAGGAGUAGGGAGCGCACGAUAGGUGAGCGGAAGCGGUAUGUUGCGGCAGAGGCGGUCAUUAGACAGGUGGAAAGGCUUUUGAAGAAGACGAGACUGCAGGUCAAGGUCACUAUACGGGUGAUUCACUGCAAGAGUCCGAAACAUCUUCUCGACUAAAAUCUGGAGUUUAUAAUUUAUUUCUCGAUAUAUGAUCGUAUAACCAAUAUGAUUUAGAUCGACUUGAUGGAACCUACUCUAGUGGUCCUUGAUCCGCGGGAUAGAAGCGCACUGGAGGGGUGGGUGCCCUGAAUUACACUCUGUUAUAAUAGUAUUGCCUUAUAAACCAACCCAUCACCUAGCAUCCUGCUGGGAUGCUUCUCGAAUUACCUGGUCACCAAAUCCUCUGUCCCUCUGAUGGCUGCCCGGAAAAAACUCAAGCAUACUAAAAGGUUUGCUAAAACCAACGUC